ACCUUUGGAUUGAUAGGUAUUGAUGCGCGCAAACUCCUGCGACUUUGAAUGACCACGUGGCCCUGGAAGAUGUGACCCGACAGUCAGAAGUGCACCAACCAGCAUUAAACACAGAAGUGCGAGAGUGAUUUCAUCAUUUUCAAUUACUAUCGGCGUUUGUUUAUUAGUGAAAACUCAUUUGUUAUGUAACCUAUAUAGACAAUAAUUAUUAAUAUUUGAUAAAGUGUGUGGUGAUAAAAAUUGUGCGUUAUUAUGCAUAGACAUGUUUUUUAUAGUGUAAUAUUAUUAUCAUAAUGAUUAACACGUUAUCAUACUUAUUACUUGGUUUUAAAAGUUAAAACCGUGAGACCACCCGUUGACAUCGAUACACGUUUGUGCCGGUUGCCGGUUUCAGACAGUUGUUGUUUGUCAUUCCACAGAUACGUUAGUAUCUAACAGCGUAAUAAUAAUUUUAAACAAAUUUUUAUCUAUUUGGACAAGUCUGUAGUGUGUAAAUAUUCCGAUUGGUUACAGACUUUACAAUGAUUGACUCAACACGCAUCCAAGGAUCUAGUGGACUUGCAACUGCAUUGAAAGAUCGAUCCACAUGCCCUAUUCCAGUUCAACCGAAUCGGUCGUUACCAGUACGUCCAGCACCUCACAUACCAUGUAGAGCUAUCACAUCAAAGAAGAUUACCAAUGAUCAACCGACAUCUAAUACAGUUAACAUACCAACACCAUCCAUUUUAUCAAAUUUACAAGGUACUCUUACAUCAACAUCUUUAUCUUCACAAAUGCCAUCGUCAUCUCCAUCAUCAUUGUCAUCGUCAUCGUCACAAUCAUUAAUGAAUAAUGUUCCUCAGCAAUAUUUUCGGUGUACUCUUGAUCUCACGAAAAUUGAUGUUCCAACAUUGCAAAAUACUUCUUGUCAAUCUAUCAUAAAUAUUGUUGAAGCAAAAAAAUGCAAUAAAAAAAAUAAUCAGAAUAUUUCUAAGCGUUUAGGAACAAAAAGAAAACCGGAUAAUGGAUAUAACAAAAAAUCUCAUGAACAUCAUUUUAUUGACAUCUCUAAUAGUCCUGAAAGACAUGGUGUCGAUGAUCUUUACUCAACAACUUAUGAAAAUAACAAUAAGAAAAUUAGUAAUGAAUUGGAGAAAAAUGGUGAAAUCAUCGGUAAAAAACGUCGAAAAAAAGGAAAAAAACCUGAUGAUGAGGAGAUUAAUAGCUUAAAGAUACCACCAUUAAGAUUAAAAAAAAUACAAAGUUUACAAGAAAACCAAACGAGUUAUUUGGAAUCUAUUGAUGAAGAUGAAAAUUCGACGAAAAUAACUGAAAAUAAAAGACCACUCUCUGUAUCUACAUUUAGAUAUUAUCAGCCAGAAGAUCAAGACAAUCGUAACUCAGAAGGCAUUAGGCCAAUCAGCAAAGAACACGCUAGUAAGUAUCGUAUUGUCACUGGCCAAACUCCACCCUAUGAUGAGCGAAUUGACUCAUCGACUGCUUCAAACAAAAACGUGAAAGAAAUGCGUUGCCACCAAAAUAAACUAAAACUGAAAUUACGAGAAUUGAAGAAAAAAACUGUUGAGCUCAGCAGAGUGAUGUUAAAGACUGCUCUUACGUCUCCAUGUACUCCUGUGAAAGAAACUAUUGACUCUUACUCAGAACAAAUUGAAAAACUCACAAAUAUGUUAAAAAUGAUUCCUGAAUCGGUUGCGCAAAGUAACACCGAUUGUGAGAUAAAUAAAGAUAUCGUUAAGAUAUCAUCCCAGGUUUUACCAACCAGCAGCGAUGAUUCUUCAUCUUUUUCUACAAAUAAUGAAAGAAAUAUAUCAUCAUUCAACAACUUACCUUCACCAGAACCACCAAAAUUAUCACCAAAAAUAACAGGAGAUUAUGAAAAUACAAAUCCAAGUCAAAUAAGAAAUAGUCCACCUCAUUUACCUAUAGCUACUUCGAAUAAUGAUAAUGAUUCUGAAAAUGAUUGGGAAAAUUGUGAGCUAUUUAAAAAGUUAUUUAAGCAAGGAGAAGAUAUAUCUAAGCCGUAUAGUAAUAUUGGAUCCACGGAUUCAUUAAUUACUUCACCUAUUAUUACGACUACAACAGGAAGUGUAAUUAGUGAAGAAAUUAAUAUCGAAGAUAAACCAGAAUUUCUUGAUUUAACGUUGUUAGAGAUGCCUAAGACUGAGGUUAGUGUAGAUACCAUUCAGAAUAAUGACGAUGAAGGGAACGUCGGCGAAUUAAAUAUGCAAUGUGAAGUUAGUGAAGUGUUAAAAAUUGAUUUAAGACGUUCACCAAGUCCUGAAGAAAUGAUUAUUGACACUACUAGUACGUUUCAUAGUUUGAAUAAAAGUAAUGACGAUUGUGAUGAUAAUUCUUCUGUGAAAAGUUUGCAUAUUGAUGUUGAUUAUAAUGAAGAAAAUGACACAAAUACUAAUGACAUCCGUGAUAAGAGGAAAUUGCCAGAUACUACGUCGACAAUUCAAUCGAUUAUGACUUCAUCGUGUAAUGUAUCUUCAGAACAUACUAAAAAUCCAUCAAUUGGAAAUAGAGUGAAUGGUGAAAUUGAUCCAAAUAUUGCGAUAUCAAAUGAAUUUCCUACUCUUGGUAGCUGGUUGGCGAAAAUAUCUACAAAACUUCGAAAUCAAUUAUCAAAAAAUGCUGUGUAUGAUGCAAAUAAUUCAAAGCAACAAAUAAUUGUUAAUAAUAAUAACAAUGAAGUACCUGUUUAUGACCAAAAUCAGAAUUUUAAUCAAGAACUGCCAAAAAAAGUAAUUAACUCUGCAACUUUAAACACAAAUAGUAUUAUUGAGUCACAAAUGAAAAAUAAACAAUGGCACGAACAACAACAACAACAACAACUGCAACAACAAUCUCAAAUAGUACAAAGGGCGCAACAUGACAGUUUAACAAAAUCUACACCUUCAAUAUCACCGUCGAUACAUAAAAAAGUUCCAGAAGUGGAACAGCCUAUAUAUCCUCAGAUAUUAAUGGAUAGAUAUUACCCAAGAAAUUAUUCGAUGGAUCCAUAUAGACCUCCAUUAAUUCAUUCUCAAAAUAUUCAAAAUGGGCAAUUACCUGAUAUGCAGAAUGGUCCAAAGCAAUAUCACAUGAAUUCAUCGGUAGCAUCUAUGGUGAACCCAAUGUCAGUGACGCAAAAUCCAGGUUUACCAUAUUGGCAUUCAACAGUUCCUAAGCCGCUUCAAGAACCUAAAAGAGCAUACUCAAAUAUUCCUCUUGGGUAUGAUCCAAUGGCUCUUUCAAAACGUGUUGCAUAUCCUCCAAUACAUCCCAUGAUGUCACCAAUGGCCACGAAUUUCGUUAAUCAACAGUUUCAACAAAUGCACCAACAACGUCAACAGCAACAAAUACAUCCUUCUCAACAGCAGCAAGUUCAAUACGAUAGAAUUUGGCCAAAACCUACUAUGUGUUUACAACCUUCUGAUGCUCAAAUGCAACCAAUGAACUAUCCACCACCUUGGAGAGGUCCUUUAUUACUUGGUCCUGAGAAUUUAGCUGCUAGUAGAAGUUAUGGUUUAAAUAAUAAUUGGACUUCGGACCCAUGUAAUUUAUUAUCUACAUUGGCUCCUACAGCAUUACAAAAUUUAGCUGCUCCCUAUCAAAUGGGACCUCGAGUUAGAAAUGUUAAAGAACGGAUGGAGCAAAAUCGAUCUUGUGAAACCCCGCAUCUAGCUAAAGUUACCUACAGUCCAAAUACUGCAAAAACUUAUGCAUGCUCAAAUUGUGGCCUUCGUGGACCUUUAUUUAAAUGUCUUGGGUGUGAAAUAGCAUAUUACUGUGAUGAAUCUUGUCAAGCUAGGCAUUGGAAUAGGCAUGUUGUAGUUUGUCCAAAAAAAAUGCCGAAACUCAAAAAAGUUGUACCUUAAAUAUUAAUUGUAUUGUGCCUUGAUCUAUUUUUCUGUUUUAUAUAAGUAUAUUUUUAUGUGAUUUGCUAUCGAUAACAAAUGUUUAUUUUAAUAAUCAUAACGUGAUUAAUA